UCCGCCUGCCUCAGCCUUCCAAAGUGCUUGGAUUACAAGUGUGAGCCACCGUGCCCAGCCUAAAAGUACAUACUUUAAAAAGUACACGCAGGUGCUACAUGCCAACCCUCUUCCUGAAUUAGAAUUUCCUGAGGAAGGUCUAAGUCAUAGGCAUUUAAAAAAAGAAACAUGGGUCAUUUGGACACGCAAUUCAGAAUAAGAACCGGGUUUAUAAUAACCCCUUGCACUUUUAGAAAUUUCUACCUUUAUAUUAGUAUAUUAUACCUACCUUUUCUCAUAAAACUUUCUUGUAGAAAUGGGGUUUUGCUAUUUUUCCCAGGCUGGUCUCGAACUCCUAGCCUCAAAUAAUUGGCCCUCCUUAGCCUCCCAAAAUGUUGGGAUUACAGGCGUGAGCCACUGGGCCCGGCCCUAAACUUUUCCUUUAAAAAAUGUUAUCUUAGCACAUCUUAUCAAAUAUAAAUUCAAUGAAUAUAUGGAAAUCUGAUCCAGAGAGAAUUUCUCCGUCUACUGAGUUGUAACAUCUCUUUAAUUGAGCAUUUAUUAUGUAAUCAAUUCUGUGUUUGUUGUAUGGGUGACUGACUAUAAAAGAAAAUUAGAAUUCAGUCUCUAGCCAAAAUGACCAAUUUCAGAAAUUAGGGAAGAUGUUGAUAGUAUUAUGAAAGGGGCAUUCAGAAUACUGAGAUCUUCUGCAAGCCACAGCCACCCUUCCUCAUGAAUCCCUGAGGAUAUAAACAGGGAAUGCUGCAAGUUGCUAGGUGGGCUUUGUACCCGGACACCACUGACAAUCGGAGGGUGAUUCUGAGCUGGAUCACAAAGCCUGGGCUAGACACUCAUAGUGAGCCUCUUCGCAGUUCCUGGUCAUCACCCCAAAUGGUACUGCACUUUCGAUGGCAACAUGAAAGGAGGAAACCAGAAAAAAAGGAAAUUGUCAGUGAGUAAGAGCACCAGAGAGCCAUAAGCCUUCUAAGGGAGCAGCCUCUGACUCAGCCAGCUACCUUUGGUUUUGCGUGGACACUUGAGGAGAAAAGGAGCAAGCACGCUCACCCAGCUUCCAACCAAUGAGCUAGAGGUCUGCUUAGUGGCCUAUCUUGGCUUGUUUAUGCUUUGUGUCUCAUAUCAGGUUGACGAACGGACAUGUAUUCAAUUUUCUAUGAAACUGUUAUACUUUCUGCUGAGUGCCCUGGGCCUGACGGUCUGUGUGCUAGCCGUGGCUUUUGCUGCCCACCACUAUUCGCAGCUCACACAGUUUACCUGUGAGACCACACUCGACUCUUGCCAGUGCAAACUGCCCUCCUCGGAGCCGCUCAGCAGGACCUUUGUUUACCGGGAUGUGACGGACUGUACCAGCGUCACUGGCACUUUCAAACUGUUCUUACUCAUCCAGAUGAUUCUUAAUUUGGUCUGCGGCCUUGUGUGCUUGUUGGCCUGCUUUGUGAUGUGGAAACAUAGGUACCAGGUCUUCUAUGUGGGUGUCAGGAUGCGCUCCCUCACCGCUUCCGAGGGCCCCCAGCAAAAGAUCUGACAUUCUUGCUCAAAGCUGCGAGAGAAAAAUAGCACAUGGAGUAGCUAAGGUUAUACAAAAACAAAUUUUUAAACAAAGAAAGGAAAAAACAUUGACAACAAAUAAUAGUCACUCUUCUAAAUGAAUAUUUUUAUAUUUUUAUGAAACAAAAUAGCAUUUCUUCAGGUUUCUAUUGUAUUUUUUUUUUUACAUUCUUCAAGAGAAAGCAAGAUCCAAACUGAUUUUGUAAUAUUAAAAGUUAACAGAACACUGAACAAGGAAAGAAUGGCAUAGCUCUAUCUUUACAGUCUGGAGUUAAUUCAUGUUACUCAUUUUAUCCAUUACUUACAUAAUCUUCUUUCCUGUUAGUCCAGUUUGAUGGUGUGAAUGGUGAAUUUCAGGCCCAGUUGCUAAAUUUUGUGGCAUCUUCCUCUGGUCCUUCCCACCUCUAGUCAUCAGCGCCACACUGUCUUGGAGACAGGCAGGAGGUGGGGGAAGAGCUGAGUCUCUUUAUUUUCCCUGGUAGAGACGUCUUCAAGGCAUGAAAUAGCUUAAAGAGCAGAAUAGAAACGGAAGAGGCUUUGCAAAAGGCUAGAUAAUUAUAAACACCUGGGUUGGGGCGGCGGCCCCCCCCCCCCCCCCCCUUCUCUUCAGCUCCCUUAGCUUGGCUCUGUAAGUAGAUCACUUGCUAAAUGCUUUAGAUGAUUGCCUCUCAAUAAUUGAAAGGUGGUGGUAGUUGUAUUCUUAAUGAUGUAGAAGGUUUAAAAAUAAUUACAUUAUGCUUCUAUUCUAUCAUCUAAAACAAAUCAUUAAAACUAAUUUCUAGCUAAUUGUUAAUUAUAAUUAUGCUCAGAAGUCUAUUUAAUGAGCUCUGGCUGUAGUUACGCUACACUGUCGGUGUUAAGAGAAAUUACUCUCACAAGAGCAGAGGCCUGAAGAUUCUCUCUUCUGAAAGCCAAGCACCACAAGGAAAAAAAAAUGUGAUUAAUAGCUCAGGUUAAAAACACUCAUUUAAACAAAAACAAGAGCAUUCGUAACAGGAAGUGUUUAUACAAGUAGCACAUUUGUGAUAUGUUGAAAAUUAUCUCUCUUGGCAACCAACCUAUAUCUGAGGAAGAUUGGGUAAUGCUGAUGUGUUCCAUUCAUGAAACUGUAUUUGAUACAUAAUCCUAUUAUUAAUUCGUAUGCUUAGUCAACCUAGAAAAUCAAAAUAAUAUUCUGAAGUUCUUAUUUGAGAAAUAUGGCCUUGAAUCGGAGGGUAGUUAUAGUUGUUUUGUUGUUAAGUGACUGUGGUUUAAAUCACAAAUGUCCCAAGGUGGGGAGACUUCCCUCUGUGACUAUUGUUAUUUUUAAAUUCUGAACUGUCCAUAUUUUAAGGAAAGAGCUAAACAUGGAAAUUCAUGAAACACAAAUAGUAUCAAGAACUUUCUCUAUCAGUAUGCUUUGUUGAAAGCAGAAAUUAAGAUAAUAAUUGAGUUCAAUUCACCUCUCCGCAUUGCCUAUUGAUAUACUUUACUAAUCAAGAAAUUCUAACCUAAAAAAAAAACAUUUUCUUGUUUGUCUUAGAAGAAAGUGGAAUAAUUCCAUGGAUUGUGAUAACGAUGUCCAUUUCUACACAAUAUAAAUAUCCAGUAUAAAGGAAAGCGUUAAGUCGGUAAGCUAGAGGAUUGUAAAUAUCUUUUAUGUCCUCUAGAUAAAACACCCGAUUAACAGAUGUUAAACCUUUGAAUGUUUUGAUUUGCUUUAAAAAUGGCCUUCCUACACAUUAGCUCCAGCCAAAAAGACACAUUGGAGGGCUUAGUGGACAAGUCUCUGGAGCAGAACUGCUCACACACAAAAGUUACACCAACAGAAUACCAAGAAGAAUGAUGAGGACCUGUAAAAUACCUUGUGCCCUGUUAAAAAAAAAAAAAAAAAAAAAAAAAAAAAGCCAGUAACUGAAUCCGUUUUGAUUUUUGAUAGAGUUUCCUACACAAAGAAGAAAAUAACUGAGAAUCUUUAAAGAGUAAGAAAGUAGCACUUUAAUGCUAGUAACCGUGAAUUAGGCACCACAGAAAGUGCAUCCUGAAUUUCUUUAACAACAACAUUUUAUAGUGAACACUGCAAGUUUUUAUAUUUAAAAAUUAAGACUCUGUAUAUCCUUAAGGUGCUCUAGGCUUUACCAGUGAUUCACAGGGUAUUUCAAAUGAUAGAAUCAUUUUAGCUUCUGUGCUUCCUUUUUCUAAAUAAUGCAACCUAUAAGAGCUGACAUUGUAAUAAGUGCUAUAAUAGUAUAACCAUAUAAUAGUAUAACAUGUAUACUAUACAUGUACAAAAUGGGGAUAUUACUGUGGUAUGAUUAAAUCAUUCUUACGUCCCAAAGAGAAAAAAAGUCAUAAGUGAAUGGAAAGAACUAAACAGAAAAGAAAGAAAGAAAAGAUUUCUUUGCUAUGAGCUCGCUGUAUAUUGAUAAGUGUAAGAAUUGUGUUGCAUGAAUAACUGCUCUGGGCUGGAUUUGAAGUAUUUUGAUGUUGUGUUUUGCAAAUAUUGAAGUUACAAUAAUGGCAACAGAAAAGGAACAGAUACUCAGCUUUACACUUAGCAAAAUGUUACAUUUAAAAAUCUGACAAGGCGCCAAGAUGGUGACUGUCUCCUCUAAACCAUGAAAGAGUAAGACUUGCGCAACCCUCCUCCUCUUCCACCUCCUUCGGGAGAAUUAAAUGAAUCAAGACUUUGGAAAGACGGGGAAGAGCCGGGACUUGGCAGUACUUGAAAUAGGAGGAAUACAGCAGCCUAAAUGUACAGACUUUGUAGCCGAGCCCACUCGAUCGGUCUGUGCCUUCACGUGACCACCAUCUGUGCCUCCCUCGCUCCAUCCAAAUUUGUGUAGGCUGCUCCUUGGAGCUAUGCCUAAAAUAUAGCUACACCAGAGCCCUGGAAACUGUAGUCAAGUAACAGGCCUCACUUUUUUUUUUUUUUUUCCUUUGGAUUAAAAGUGUAUAUCUCUCUACUGAGGGGUUUCCAGCUUUACACUUCAAUGGGUUGUUCUGACAGUGAGAACACAUUAUAUACAUGUUUUCUAUUCAUGUCCAGGGCAUGAGAAUCUUAAUAUUCUUGUACUUCCCUUUUUGCAUGCAGUGUGUCUGGAAUAUAUUUAUAAAAUUUUAGCAAAGGGUGAGAUCAAGGAACAAGGGUAGAGUGGUUAUUUAAAGAUAAUCAGAAAUGAACUUCAAAGCUGCCCUGCGAAACCAAUCCCUUCCUAUCAUGAAGAGUACCUUCAUAUUUUCUAGAGAUAGUCUCCGAACCAUUGCUACAUAGCCAUACAUUUCUGUAAAUCAUGUUGGCUAUCAGUUCUUACUAUUCUCAGAGCACUCUAUCAUGUUUUUAGGUGUACAUUGUGUAUUCAGGAUAGCAUUAAAAAGAACUGAUGGCAAAUGUAUUGAGUCGCAGUGGAAACAUUUGUUUGGAUGACGAAUUAGUGGUUUAGCCUUUGAAAUGAAUACCUUGAAUCAUUUCUUCUGAUUUUCUAGUAGCUUAUUAUCUCAAAUGAUUAUUAUCCCCUUCAGAAAUACUGGUCUGUACUUUGGUGUUGUGGUUUCAUUUUUCUGAUAUUGAUCAAAUAGCAAAUACGAAAUAAAACAUUUCUACAUGUUUGACAUGGUUGUUUUUAAAGGCGAUAUGUGUAAUGCUGAUUUUCUUUAUUAAUAAAAUUUUCAUAAUCUCUGAAAA